AUGCUUCUCGGGCCCAAUGGGUCACUGAAGAUCAUCGUGAUAUUACUGAUCUCGAUCCCGCCAGCUGCUUCCAUCAAAUGUUUUUUCUUGUCGAAAUGGGCGCGCACAAUGAACGUUACACAGCAAGAAGUUGACUGCGAAUGUAACUACUGCGCAAAAACCGUUUCCAAGGUGGAAGACGGGCUAGAAAUUGUUGAAAAUUGGUGUGGAUGUAAAGCCGAGUUUACAUGCCGGAGUGAAGGAAAGUACCGGUACAACAGCAUUUUUGACGAGUACGCAAUAGCACAUUGCUGUUCGACAGACCUCUGCAAUUCAUCGCCUACAAGCUCAAUUACCAAAGUCGCCUUGCUUUCAUUGCUUUUGCUGAUAUUACGGGUA